AAGAUUGGCAAUCAUUUCAGCAUUAUUAACAUAAACAAAGAAGGACAUGAACUUUUUGCCGUCACCUACAACCAAAAUUCUGAACUUACCUUAGAACCGUAUAAUCCAUAUGUUCCUUCGCCACAAUCACAAAGAUUUUAUAUCGGUAAUAAAUCAGGUCAGCCGCAUCCUCCGCUUCCUAUGGCCAUUAAGUCUUGUUUAGACGCAGGACACCAUAUUGUUGCCAGGGAUGGAGCAAGUGAAGAUUCACCGCUCUUAACCAAAGAAUUCGAAGAAAUGCAACCGGACUUACCUAUGAGCGAUCCAAUGCAUGAAAAAUUGGGUGUGCUGUGUGGUAUCGUAUAA